AUGGGUCAACCUCAAGACGUCUCGACGGAAGUCAACCCUGCAAUAACGGUCAUUCGGUCUGACGAAGAGCUGAAAGCGAAGCCGCACAAGUGGUAUUACUACCUUUGGGAUACCCUGGACAAGCCGAAAGAAGAACGAUGGUUCAUGUUCAAGCUCGACGCUGCUUUGCUCACUUUUGCGUCUUUGGGGUACUUUAUCAAGUACCUCGAUCAGUCGAACAUCAACAGCGCCUUCGUGUCUGGAAUGAAGGAGGAUCUUGGGCUUUACGGCAACCAGCUCAACUACAUGCAAACCUGCUGGACUGUUGGCUAUGUCAUCGGCGAAUUACCCAGCAACAUCAUCCUGACUCGAGUGCGCCCAUCAAUUUGGAUUCCAGCUAUGGAGCUUACAUGGGCCGUCUUGACAUUCUGUCUUUGCCGCGCGAACAACGCAGAAACCAUCUAUGCCUUGCGCUUUCUUAUAGGUCUUGCUGAAAGCACAUUCUAUCCAGGCAUGCAAUACAUCAUCGGGUCCUGGUAUCGAAGGGAAGAACUUGCCAAAAGAUCUUGUAUCUUCCACACCAGCGGUGCCAUCGCGACAAUGUUCUCUGGAUACCUGAUGGCUGGUGUAUACAAGCUCGAUGGACGCGGCGGCUUCAAGGGAUGGCAGUGGCUGUUCAUUAUCGAUGGUGUCAUCUCCUUACCUAUCGCAUUGCUUGGCUUCUUCGCACUACCCGAUCUUCCCGAAAUCUCCAAGCCCUUCUAUUUGACGAAGGAUGAAGUCGCAUUCGCCCAGAAGCGCAUGGAGCUCGAAGGCCGGCAAAAGCGGAAGCCUUACACCAGAGCCAAGGUCAAGAAGAUCUUUACAUCGUGGCAUAUCUGGGCUCUCGUUCCGCUCUAUGUGUUCUUCAACAACGGUACCUCGGGUGGACAACCGGUAUUCCAGCAGUUCCUCAAAGCCAGCAAGGACCCGAAGUAUACCGUCAGCGAGAUCAACACUUACCCAACUACCACCAAUGCAGUACAAGUCGUUACCACACUCUUGUAUGCAUGGACGAGCGAUAGUAUCCUCAAAGGAUCCAGAUGGCAACCGAUCGUCUUCGGUGGAUGCAUGAACAUCAUAUGCUCUACUAGUCUUGCGAUUUGGGAUAUCCCCAUCAAGUGGAAGUGGGCUUGCUACAUUCUCUCCGGCUUUGGUGGUGGUCUUUCCGGCUUAUGUUUUGCAUGGGCUCAUGAGAUCUGCACACACGACAACGAGGAACGAGCUAUUGUCGUGGCAGCUAUGAAUGAGAUGGCUUAUGUGCUACAGGCAUGGCUACCACUUCUGGUUUGGAAGCAGGUUGAGGCACCUCAGUAUCGCAAGGGUUUCAUCACGGUCACAUUCUUGAGCGCUGCGUUGAUUGCCACUGCGCUUAUAAUUCGGCUACUGCACGCGAGAGAGGUGGCCAAGAGACAGCAUGCCCAGACAGUUGAUUACGAUGAACGAACUAGUUCUGAUGAGGAGUUGUCCGGGACGGCUAGUGAUCCCGAACUUAGUGGUGUCAAGGCCCUGUAA